AAACGAGCCUGUGCCUUCCGGGGUUUGGGGCUGGGAUUACAGCCCUCAGAGUCCAGUGAAAGCAGCGGAGGGAGGAGGCGGGGCUCCGGCGAGUUCCCCUUCCACCUUCCCCCACCCUUCUCUUCCAAUCUCUGUAUGGCCCCUAGCUUGAUUCCAGCCUGUGCUGCAGCUGCUCUCCAGCCUUUUGCAGGACUCAAACAAUUACAGCCGCUGUUCCCAGGAUGGUGAUCCGUGUGUAUAUUGCAUCUUCCUCUGGCUCGACGGCGAUUAAGAAGAAACAGCAAGAUGUACUUGGUUUCUUAGAAGCUAACAAGAUAGGAUUUGAAGAAAAAGAUAUUGCAGCCAAUGAAGAGAAUCGGAAGUGGAUGAGAGAAAAUGUACCUGAAAACAGUCGACCAGCAACAGGGUACCCCCUGCCGCCUCAGAUUUUCAAUGAAAGCCAGUACCGUGGGGACUAUGAUGCCUUCUUUGAAGCCAGAGAAAAUAAUGCAGUGUAUGCCUUUUUAGGCUUGACAGCCCCACCUGGUUCAAAGGAAGCAGAAGCUCAGGCAAAGCAGCAAGGAUGAACCUUAAACAUUCUGCCUUAAGCAUCUUGAAAAAGGAGUCUCCUUUGCUUUUAUACACUAGCAAAAUUAUCUUGGCUUCAACAGAAAUAGGCUUAAUGUUGAAAUAAUAGAUUAGUUGUUGUUUUCAAAUGCAAACAAUCAAAAUGAAUACAUAAUUAAAAUGUGAACAUUAUGAUGAGCUUUGGAGAUGAACAUACAAUUUUAAGUAGAUGUCAUUGAAUAAUAUUGUUGUCUGCCAAGGCAUUUUAUGUAUUUCAAUGAUUUUAAAAAGCAAACACUUGUUCCCUUUUUUGGUAUUAUUUACUGCAGCUUAAGUAUAUCCAUAGUUCUCCACUGAGAAAUUUUAAAAGGAGAGAGAAAGAAAGAAUCUCUUAUUCCCAGAUUGCCUCAUUUACUUUAGUAAACAAAAAUAUGUACCUUUUUGAUGUGACAUUAUUAUGAUUAAAAAGUAGCUGCAGGUAAUGUUUAUGAUAUGUCAGACAAUUUCCUAUGGUAAUUAUAACAUUGCCAUUCUUCUGUAGUUGAAACUUCUAUGUACUGAACCACAGGUUUUCUAGAAUUAUAAACGUAGCCUUUCAUUGCAUAUUUCAGUGAUCAGGAAAUGAUCUGAUCUGAUCCAGUCAACACUGGUGAACUCCCACACAAAAAAAAAAGAUGUAUUCAGUUGACAAGUUUCUUGCUUAAGUACACAGCUAUGAUGCAAUCAUAUUACUAAGUUGCUUGCCCCAGUGAAAUAUGCAUAUGUAUGUUAUGGAAGUGGGAUGGCAAAUAAGUUUAAAAUGGCCUCUUUUGCAAUGAACUCAGAUUUUUAAUUAACUAUUUUUAAAUACACUGGAACUCAUUUUUUCCCUUUCAAAACAACUUGUGAUCACAAAUGCCACUAUCUCUCAGACAUUUGACCUUUUUGUUUCAGCUUAGGCAUAUACUGUAUGAGUACAUUAAUCUAAGCAGAGAGAAUAAUUUCUAUGCCUCCAUUCCACUGAAUAGAAUUACUAUCAGAUAAAAGGAUCAAUUUAAAAAAUGUUAAUUUUGAAAACUUACAAGAAGACUAGAAACAUUAUGACCUAAAUCAUCCAGGAGACAUAUAUAUUGUACUUUAGUUCCACAUUAUUUUAUUGCUAAAAGCAAACACCUUUAAAUUACUUUAUCAUAUCAUCUGAUGCAAGUCUGUGCUCUUUGCCAAAAUCAGUAUACAAUGAAGACAUGGCUUUGUUUAUGGAGAUUCAAACUUGAUGCAAUGCUUUAAAAUAAACUUACUACUUUGAGAAACAUAA